AUGGCUCUACGCGUGCCCAAGAGUAGUUACCCUCAACUUUUCAAAGAAGGUUACAAGCAAUAUCAAGGAAUUGAUGAAGCCGUGUUAAGGAAUAUUGCUGCUUGUCAUGAACUCGCAGAGACUGUACGCACUUCUUUUGGACCAAAUGGACGAAAUAAAAUGGUUAUUAAUCAUCUUGAAAAACUUUUUGUUACGAGUGAUGCCGCAACAAUUAUUCGUGAGCUAGAGGUGGUGCAUCCUGCGGCCAAGUUGCUAGUGAUGUCCAGUCAGCAGCAAGAACAAGAAGUUGGUGAUGCAACAAAUUUUGUUCUAGUGUUUGCAGGUGAACUGCUACAAAAAGCAGAGUAUCUUUUGCGUAUGGGCGUUUCUAUUAGUGACAUCAUACAAGGAUAUGAAAUUGCUCGUGAUAAGGCUCUCGAAAUAUUAGAAACACUGUCUGUUGAGACUGUUGCUGAUCCCAAAUCGGAUACAGAACUCAAGAAGGCUAUAAGGAGUGCGAUGGCAUCCAAACAAUAUGGCUAUGAAGAACUUCUCUCUGAUCUAGUAGCACAAGCCGCUCUCACGAUUAUGCCUAAGAACCCAGUCAAUUUCAAUGUAGACAGUAUCCGCGUGGUUAAAAUCAUGGGUAGUAAUAUAUUUGACAGUAAAGUUAUAAACGGCAUGGUCUUUGGACGUGAGGCGGAGGGUUCGGUGCACAAGGCUUUAAAGGCAAAGAUUGGUAUUUUUACGUGUCCUUUGGAUAUUACGCAGACGGAGACAAAGGGGACCGUUUUAAUUCAUAAUGCCCAAGAAAUGCUGAAUUUUACUAAAGAUGAGGAGAAGCGUCUGGAGCAGAUAUUUAAAGAAAUAGCCGAUGCGGGCGUAAAAGUAGCAGUCACCGGCUCUUCAGUUGGUGAACUUGCUCUUCAUUACUUGAAUCGGUUCGACAUAAUGGUCGUCAAAGUUCUCUCCAAAUUCGAUCUUCGUCGUCUAUGUCGAGUGACUGGAGCUACUGCUUUGGCUCGAUUGGGUCCGCCGAUGCCAGAAGAAAUGGGCUUUUGUGACAUCGUCGAGACUGUCGAGAUUGGUGGUGACCGUGUAACGGUGUUUAGGCAAGAAGAUGAGAAGACAAAAACAGCAACAAUUGUUAUUCGCGGAGCUACUCAAAAUCAACUCGACGAUAUCGAACGUGCUAUUGACGAUGGCGUCAAUUCGGUCAGGGCUGCCACCAGAGAUAAUAGACUGGUUGCUGGUGCUGGUGCAACGGAGACAGAAUUGGCUAACCAGCUUUCAACCUUUGGCGAGACAACGCCUGGAUUGAAUCAGCAUUCAAUCAAAAAAUAUGCCGAAUCGUUUGAAGUAAUUCCUCGCACUCUUGCAGAAAAUGCCGGAAUGGAUGCUACCAAAAUUCUUUCCAAUCUUACCCGAGCUCACUAUAAGGAGAAGAAGGUUACGGUUGGCGUUGAUGUUGAAAAUACCGAAGAUGGUAUGAUUGAUGCAUCAGAAGCGAAGAUAUUUGAUUUACUUGUUACGAAGGCAUGGGCUAUUCGAUACGCGACAGAUGCUGCAUUAACAGUAUUACGUGUAGAUCAGAUUAUUAUGAGUAAACCAGCAGGAGGUCCGAAACCUCCAAAGGGAAAUAGUAAUUGGGAUGAAGACUAA